AAUCAUUUUGCUGAGAACCUGAUGAGCUAAAUUUCCAUGUGAGAACAUAGUUGUGUGUUUUUCUGUCGCUAAAAACAGGCUAUGCAUCUCCAGCCACUGAUUAGACUCCAGGUGUCUUUAAUGAAUUCAUUGCAACUAGAAAUCCUUUUAUAAGAGCAGCUUUUGUCUGCAAACGACAAGUUGUUGUGGCCGUGCUACUAUUGUGAGGUAAACAUGGUAAUGAAAUACUUUGAAAGGGUUUCCUGGAUAUGCCUACUUUUUGGCUUUGCUGUUUGUCUUCCUACAGCUUUUGGGUUUCCCUACACUGAUUCUACGAGCUCAUUUGUAAACCUUCAGCCUGAAGACUCUCCCACUGGAAUGCUGUUUCCUUCCCUGCCUGGAGUUGUCGGCCCUGGCGUGGACAAAGGUUUUCUAUUGGAGACCAAUCCACGGGCAGCCCUGGUGGGUCUGGAGACCUUCCGGCAAGGGGGUCUGGCGGCUUUAAGGCGGGCGGGUCUAGUGACUUUCAGGCAGGCACGUCUGAAACUUACUUAUCUGAAUCUAAAGGACAACCGCUCUGGAAAGAGUGACGUGGUUGACUGAACUUCAACCUUCCAGCAGUCUUGUAAAAGUCCUUAAAUGAAUAAAACUGCCAUAACAACUUA